AUGUCUCACUUGGAUGAAGCUGCCCAACAACUCUCCAAAAAAGGGAAGACUCUCUAUGCUCUCCUGGAACUGAAGAAGGGUGCCUCACCUGAAGACAUCAAAAAAGCCUACAGGAGGCUGGCCUUGAAGUAUCAUCCAGACAAGAAUCCAGGGGACGCGCAAGCAGCAGAAAUAUUCAAAGAGAUCAACACCGCCCACUCCAUACUGAGUGACCCCAAGAAGAAGAAGAUCUACGACCAGCAUGGCUCAUUGGGAAUAUAUAUAUAUGAGCACUUUGGUGAAGAUGGCGUCAGAUACUAUUUUUUGAUGACUAGUUGUUGGUUCAAGACACUUGUCCUCCUUUGUUUUCUGCUCACUUGCUGCUGCUGUUGUUGCUGCUGCUGCCUGUGCUGUGGAAGACUUUCACCACCAUCGGAGGAAGUUGCUAGAAGAUAUCAGCAGAAUGUCCAGAGCCAGCCUCCAAGAGCAGGAAACAGAGAAAAUUUUGAAAAAGUGGGA